GAAGUCAUUUUCCGCGCGCUCGGGUCAGACUUGAAGAAGAGUGGCGGGAGAGUUUGUCAGCGUGUUACCGUUGGAAAGAACCAGCUAACUCUCAGCGAACUUUGUCACAAAGUCAGCGGACAUCAAUAUUCCACGCAGCGGUCCGCCACACUUGUCAUGAAUUUGAACAAGAGGCGCAACGGGGGCCCUUUGGGGGCCGGCAUGGCCCUGGCCAAACGCAGCAAGGCGGCCGGUGAAUGGGAGGACAGCCCCUCGCACUUUGAGGAGGAACUGUCCAUGUUUGACGACGCAGAGCUGGACUCUGAGGAGACGGAGGGGCAGGCAGGACACGACGUCAUCCCUGUUGGUGACCUCUUUUCAGCAGAUCUCAACCCGCGCUGGCGGAGGCCUCACGCCCCCCCGCUGCAGCCCACCUCUGACUCUUUAGUCUUUCAGCAGAUUGACCUGGACUAUUAUUUAGGAGCGGCUGUGGCGGGCAUGCCCGGACAGCUACAAGGAAAAGUCCCCAUCAUUCGAAUGUUUGGGGUGACGGACGACGGCAACAGCGUUUGUUGUCACAUUCACGGUUUCGCGCCUUACUUCUAUGUCCCGGCUCCGAGCGGGUUCAUGCCUGAUCACUUGGGCGAGUUUAAGCGCGAGCUGAACUGUGCGGUGUUGAGGGACAUGCGCUCCAACAAAGACAACAUCUCCAUCACGGUGCUGGCCGUGGACAUCACUCGCAAAGAGAACAUGUACGGAUACCACGGGAAGAAGGUUUUGGACUUCUUACGGAUCACCAUGGCCAUGCCGCGAUUAGUUGCCCCCGCCAAGCGGCUGCUGGAGCAAGGCUUGAAGUGCGGACCCUUUCCCCUCCAGAGUUACCAAUCCUUUGAGGCCAACAUAGAUUUUGAAAUCAGAUUCAUGGUGGACUGUGAUAUCGUGGGAUGCUGCUGGAUUGAACUUCCUAAAAGCAAGUACAGAGUCCGAGAGGAGAGGAGUCCAGGAGACACAGAUCCUUAUCGUCCAGGCAAAGUGUCCCUGUGCCAGUACGAGGUGGACGUGGCCUGGACCCACCUGAGCAGUCACCCAGCAGAAGGAGACUGGCAGAGGAUCGCUCCUCUCCGAGUCCUCAGCUUUGACAUCGAAUGUGCUGGAAGGAAAGGGAUCUUUCCGGAAGCCGACAAAGAUCCGGUGAUCCAGAUCGCGUCCAUGGUGCAGCGUCAGGGUGAGACGGAGCCCUUCAUCCGGACGGUUUUCACACUCCAGUCCUGCGCCAGCAUUGUGGGCUCUCAGAUCUUGUGCUUUACUCAGGAGAAACAGCUUCUGCAGAGCUGGGCUGAGUUCCUCAGGACGGUGGAUGCUGACAUCAUCACGGGGUACAACAUCCAGAACUUUGACUUCCCCUACCUGCUCAACAGGGCGGCGGCUUUGAAGGUCAACUUGUUCCCGUACUUGGGCAGAGUGAGAGGGAUCAAGUCGGUGUUGCGAGACCUCAACUUCCAGAGUAAGCAGAUGGGCCGCAGAGAGAACAAGGUCAUCAACAUGGAAGGUCGCGUUCAGUUUGACUUGCUGCAGGUUCUGCUCCGGGACUACAAACUGCGCUCGUACACCUUGAAUGCUGUGAGCUUCCACUUCCUGCAAGAACAGAAAGAGGAUGUGCAGCACUCCAUCAUCACUGAUCUGCAGAACGGCAACGAGCAGACGCGGCGCCGUCUGGCCGUGUACUGCCUGAAAGACGCCUACCUGCCCCUGCGGCUGCUGCAGAAGCUGAUGUGUGUCAUCAACUACAUGGAGAUGGCCAGAGUCACAGGUGUGCCGCUCACCUACCUGCUGUCCAGAGGGCAGCAGAUCAAGGUGGUCUCCCAGCUGCUGCGACAGGCCGCCAAACAGGACCUGGUGAUACCGGUUGUCAAGUCUCAGGGCGGAGAAGAUUACACUGGAGCUACGGUCAUUGAGCCAGAGAAAGGCUAUUACAGCGUUCCCAUCGCCACCCUGGAUUUCUCCUCCCUGUACCCGUCCAUCAUGAUGGCCCACAACCUGUGCUACACCACCUUGCUGCAGAAAGGGUCGGCAGAUAAACUGGGGUUGUCCCCAAAGGAUUUCAUCAAGACCCCCACUGGGGAUCUGUUUGUGAAGAGUUGUGUGAGGAAAGGCCUCCUGCCUGAGAUCCUGGAGAACCUGCUGUCAGCCAGGAAGAGGGCCAAGUCGGAGCUGAAGAAGGAAACGGACCCUUUCAAGAAGCAGGUGCUGGACGGCCGACAGCUGGCCCUCAAGAUUAGCGCAAACUCCGUCUACGGCUUCACGGGGGCUCAGGUGGGCAAGCUGCCCUGCCUGGAGAUCUCUCAGAGUGUGACUGGUUUUGGAAGACAGAUGAUAGAAGAAACCAAAAGGUUGGUGGAGUCAAAGUACACCAUUUCCAACGGUUACCAAGGCGACGCCAAGGUCAUUUACGGAGACACCGACUCCGUCAUGGUGAAACUGGGCGUUGCCACGGUGCAGGAGACCAUGAACGUCGGGAAAGAGGCCGCCGAGUGGGUGUCGUCCCAUUUCGUAGCGCCCAUCAAACUGGAGUUUGAGAAGGUGUACUUCCCCUACCUGCUGAUCAACAAGAAGCGCUACGCGGGCCUCUAUUUCUCCUCCAGUGCAGACGUGCACGACAAGAUGGACUGCAAAGGCAUCGAAACGGUCCGCAGGGACAACUGUCCCCUGGUGGCCAACCUGAUAAACACCUGUCUGCAGAAGAUCCUCAUCGACCGGGACCCCCAGGGUGCGGUCGCUCACGCCAAAGAGGUGAUCUCCGACCUGCUGUGCAACCGCAUCGACAUCAGCCAGCUGGUCAUAACCAAGGAGCUGACCCGCACCGCCCAGGAGUACGCCGGCAAGCAGGCCCACGUGGAGCUGGCAGAGAGGAUGAAGAAGAGGGAUGCGGGCAGCGCCCCCAACCUGGGAGACAGAGUUCCAUACGUCCUCGUGAGGGCCGCCAAGGGAGCAGCGGCGUACAUGAAGUCAGAGGACCCCAUCUAUGUGCUGGAAAACAACAUCCCCAUCGACACGCAGUACUAUCUGGACCAGCAACUAUCCAAGCCCCUGCUCAGAAUAUUUGAGCCUAUCCUGGGCGAGAGCAAAGCGGAGAGCGUCCUCCUCAAGGGCGAGCACACACGCUGCAAGACGGUGUUGACGUCCAAGGUGGGAGGCCUCAUGGCGUUCGCCCAGAAGAGGAGCACAUGUAUCGGAUGCAAAGCCGUGCUGAAGACAGACGCUGCUGUGUGUGACUUCUGUCGUGCUCGUGAGUCUGAACUUUACCAGAAGGAGAUCUUCCAUCAGAACACACUGGAGGAACGAUUCUCUCGCCUGUGGACUCAAUGUCAGCGAUGCCAGGGUUCACUUCAUGAGGACGUCCUGUGCACCAGCCGCGACUGUCCCAUCUUCUACAUGAGGAAGAAGGUGCAGAAGGACUUGGAGGACCAGAGUACGCUGGUGUCGCGUUUUGGAUGGUGAAGACCGAGGGCACAUUUCUCUAGUCUUGUAUUUUCUCAAUAAAAUGUUGUUUUGUAAAAA